GGUUGUGGGACUUUAGCCUGGAAGAAGAGAAGGAAGGAGAGCAGCAAGGAGAGGGGCGGGGCCAGCGUCAGCUGUGUGACUGUGAGACACUGAGCCGGCAGCAGCAGGGGAUGGAUGCUGCUGUAUUUGUUGUAGCAUUGUGAGCAAUGGAAAAUCUGUCAGCAGCAGUAGCAUGGCAGGGAAUACUUACUCACUGAAAUAAAUUAGACUGGUGUCAUACAUAGUGCAUGCAUUUGCAGCCAGUUAGAUGUUGCUGAGGCUUCAUCUGUGUUUGCAGUGAUAGUUAUGUAAUGGGCUUAUUAGUGUAGACAGUGGAUGCUACUAGCAGUCGUCAAAAGAAUCUGGACAAUGCUGUGUAGUGGGAGGAUACUCUUAUUUCUCCUAUAAGUAGCACAGACAGCAGCUGAGAGCACAUGGAUCCCCAGGCUGAUACUGACAAUGUGACGCAGAGGAAGCGAAAAUUGGCAAAUGUGGUGAUUGGAUUCCUCUUCCUGCUCAGUGGCAUUGAGUAUGCUGUGAUCCUGCCUACUGUCUGGAUGUACCUGCAGACUUUGGAUGCUCAGCCUUUCUUCCUGGGUCUUGUUCUCUCUGCAUUCAGCCUAACUGAACUCUUGUCUGGUCCUUUAUUUGGACAUUGGUCAGACUGCACAGGCCAAACUAAGAAGGUCCUCUUGCUGAGCAACUGCUUUGAAAUCGCAGGUAAUUUUAUGUACUUCGUUGGACUCUCAAAAUGGUUUCUUUUGGGCAGUCGCUUGGUAGCAGGUGUCGGUGCAGGAGCUGGUUCUUCAAUAUUUGGGUAUUUGACUCGAUACUCUAGCUCCAAAGAACGUGUGCCAGUCUUUGCAAUGGCCAUGGCGUGCCGACAAGCAGGCCUAUUGAUAGGGCCUGCAUUUAAUAUCUUCCUAAGAUAUUGCACCUUCCAACUUGGCCCAUUCCAUGUGGACAAGUUCUCUGCGCCUGGGAUCUUCAUGUGUGCUCUUUGGACACUGAUGCAGCUCAUGGUGAUAUUCAUGUUUUCUGAUCUUCCGUUGAAUACGUCGGAACCACAGACUCAGGAGCAUGAACCUCUUUUGAAACAAGCUAACAUACCAAGUCCCUUGUAUGGCACCAUCAAUGGCAAUCAUGAACCCCCAUCCAACCAAGAUGAUUUCUCAGACAAGGAGAAUGCAGCCACCCCCUCUUCAUGUCCAACAAUAGGUGAUCAUCUUUACUCCCAAAGUGGGGAACCAAGUGGAAGCCUUCAUAAUAUAAAGCCAGUGAUGGGGCUCCUGCAAGAGGCUGUUGUGGUGCUAUUGACAACUCAGUUUGUAACAUUCUUUAAUCAGACUGCACUAGAGACACUGGUUACUCCUCUCGCUCAAACAUAUCUUGGCUUCCAGGAUCUGCAGAACUCGCUGCUUUACUUCCUAUGUGGCAUUGAGAUGUUGAUUGGCUUUCUUGCUGUGCGCAUCCUCAGUCGUUGCUCUUCAGAUCGCCUUCUCCUUGCAUUUGGGCUUUUUAUCGGUAACAUUUCCUGCAUUUGGUGCCUCGUUUUCUUGGCAAAACCCAAAGGAAGCUACGGGUUUCUACUCGCAGAGUUUGUGGUUGGAGUGUUCCUACAAGUACUGGGGUUACCCUUGUUAUCGGUAUCCCAGGUGUCUCUGUUUUCCAAAAUAACUGCUGAGAAGACACAGGGGUUUAAUCAUGGGCUGCGGCGAUCAGUCGGUGGAGUGGCCACGAUACUGGGACCAUUGUGGGCCGCUGGGUUAAUACAAAACCUCUACAUAAUGCUGGGAGUCAUGAUGGGACUGCUCCUUUUAAACACAGUAAUGGUCAUCCUGUCGUACAAGCACCUAGAGGAACCUACUACAUCAGAGGACCAGUCUUCAUGAUGCUCUAGUAUUGCAGAGUCUCUCUUCCAUGUACCAUGGAGCAUACACAGAUGACUGAAAUGGUUGGAAACUUGUGGAGUGCCGGAAAGGACGUCCUGUGCAUAAGUGUGAUGUUUAGGGAGAUUAUGCUUGAAGCUGAGGAGUGUGUUGGAGGGAAAUUCCAGUUGUAGAAGAACUUUACCUUUUUAAAUAAGAACAAAUACCCAAGAUAGUUAGAUACCUGGAAUAACUUAAAAUGUCUGUAUAUUUAAAUUAUGUGCGCCCAAUUUUUUAUGCAUUUCUCUUUAUGUUGCGUUCUGACAGUGCUACAAGUAUAUCUGGAGAAGGAAUGUUUUCAUUGUGUUAAAUGUUUUUGUUUGUCAUAGAACAUGACAAAAGGAAAUGCAGCAAUGUGAAGAAUAAUUCUUUUUGAGAUUUUUUGCACAAAUGUAAGAUGUAGUAAAAGUCUAAAUGUCUUCUAGAGAACAAAUUUCUUAAUUAUAAAAAUCUGAAUGUACUUUAAA